CGGUUGGUCGACCCUUUCGUUCAGCCGCCUCCUUUCAACCUUGUCCACCCGUGCAGCAGCAGCGGCUUCUCUUCUUGCCGCAGCGCUCUCCCCUCCCUCCCUAGCCGCCAGGUCCGCGAGUACACCCGCCAUGGCUUUACUCACUGCGGCCGCCCGGCUUUUCGGAACCAAGAAUGCAUCCUGUCUUCUUCUUGCUGCCCGGCAUGCUAGUGCUUCUGCCACGAAUUUGAAAAACAUUUUGGCUGACCUGAUACCUAAGGAACAGGCCAGAAUUAAGACCUUCAGGCAGCAACAUGGCAAGACGGUAGUGGGCCAAAUCACUGUGGACAUGAUGUAUGGUGGCAUGAGAGGCAUGAAGGGCUUGGUAUAUGAAACCUCAGUUCUUGAUCCUGAUGAGGGCAUCCGUUUCCGAGGCUAUAGUAUCCCUGAAUGCCAGAAACUGCUACCCAAAGCUAAGGGUGGGGAAGAACCCUUGCCUGAGGGCUUAUUUUGGCUGCUGGUAACUGGCCAGAUCCCAUCAGAGGAACAGGUAUCUUGGCUCUCAGAGGAGUGGGCGAAGAGGGCUGCUUUGCCUUCCCAUGUGGUCACCAUGCUGGACAACUUUCCUACUAAUCUACACCCCAUGUCUCAGUUCAGUGCAGCCAUUACUGCUCUCAACAGUGAAAGUAGCUUUGCCCGAGCAUAUGCAGAGGGUGUCAACCGAACCAAGUACUGGGAGUUGAUGUAUGAAGACUGUAUGGAUCUGAUCGCAAAGCUGCCUUGUGUGGCAGCAAAGAUCUACCGGAACGUCUACCGAGAGGGCAGCAGUAUUGGGGCCAUUGACACUAAGCUGGACUGGUCCCACAAUUUCACCAACAUGUUAGGCUAUACUGAUGCUCGGUUCACUGAGCUCAUGCGCAUGUACCUCACCAUCCAUAGUGACCAUGAGGGCGGCAAUGUAAGUGCCCAUACCAGCCACUUGGUCGGCAGUGCCCUUUCAGACCCGUACCUGGCCUUUGCAGCAGCCAUGAAUGGACUGGCAGGGCCCCUACAUGGACUGGCAAAUCAAGAAGUGCUUGUUUGGCUGACACAACUACAGAAGGAAGUUGGCAAAGAUGUAUCGGAUGAGAAAUUACGAGACUACAUCUGGAAUACACUCAACUCAGGACGGGUUGUCCCAGGCUAUGGCCAUGCGGUGCUAAGAAAGACUGAUCCACGAUAUGUCUGUCAGCGAGAGUUUGCUCUGAAACACCUGCCUAAUGACCCCAUGUUUAAGCUGGUUGCUCAGUUGUAUAAGAUUGUGCCCAGUGUCCUCUUAGAGCAGGGCAAGGCCAAGAAUCCUUGGCCCAAUGUGGAUGCCCACAGCGGAGUGCUGCUCCAGUACUACGGCAUGACAGAGAUGAAUUACUACACAGUCCUGUUUGGGGUGUCACGGGCACUGGGAGUAUUGGCACAGCUCAUCUGGAGUCGAGCCCUAGGCUUCCCUCUAGAGAGGCCCAAGUCCAUGAGCACGGAUGGUCUGAUGAAGUUUGUGGACUCAAAGUCAGGGUAAAACUGGAGCUUGGGAGGAAACUGACUACCAGAAAGUGAGGAAACUUAAAAAAAAAAAUUUACACUUUUGUCUUUUGUUUCAGGGCUUAAAAAUUUAAUAUUAAAUUGUAUCUGAGGCACUGAUAAGUUUGAAGUUAAAAUAUAAAUUAAGACUUUCCCCUAACCAGCUUCCUUCCCCUGCCUGGUAUGAGUUGCCCACCAACUGUAGGAUGACUGGGACUAAUGCAUGUGAUAUGGGUCAGGUUUGCCCUGCCCCACCCCCCCCCACCCCCCACCAUCUCUAGAGUGAGAAUCUAGCUCCUCUUUUCCCUGGGUCAAAGCUGGUUACAGAGAAUUUGUGGUCACUUUGGAGCUUUUGGUUCUUCCCUCAGUAGGCCAGCAAACCAGUACUCUGCCCCUUCUCUUUCCACAGGAUUCAUAUUGUACUAAACCCCAUUUGCCUUCUCCUGUGCACACAAAACACCUCUCAGCAGGGACCUAUGGGUUAGCUGGACAUGGUUUUGGCAUUUUUUUUUAUGCUACCAGGCGAGCAUAGAUGCCAUGGCAUGUCAGGACUGGCAUCCAGUGUUUGAUUUUUAUUUCCCUUUUUAAAAUUGUCCCAUUAAAGUUAGAGUCUGGGGUGUGUUUUCUUCCCUAUUAUUUUAAUUCUCACCUGCUUUCAGACUUUCUGUACCUGCUGCGCCUCAGGCUGACAAUGCUUUGGGCCUUCCUCUCUUGGUCUCUACUAGAGACCUUUUCAGCAGAUUGUAUAAACCACUGUAUCAUCUAUGGUCUUUCUCAGUCAUUGGCUUUAUAAGUGCUUACUGUGAAUAUGAACUAAGCUUUUUACUUCCACAGAAAAUAAGCCACUUCCCUAUGGCCUUUUUUUCUUUUUUUUUUUCUUUUUUUUUCUUUUUUUCAUACAGGCUAUAGGGCAUAGAACAGGGACUUGGGAAUGAUCAGAAUGAUAUCUUCAUGGUCUGGCCUCAGGGGUACUGUCACUUCUUUUUUAACAGGGCAAUGAUUUGAGAUUGUACAUGGUCCUUAUUAAAUAUUUUAGUCCUGGGGCUGAGGGCAUGAAAAAUAGUAAGCCUUCCUCUUUACCCCCUGCUACAUGAAGAUACCCCCUUAUUUAUCAAGAUCCUUUUCCCAUCUCUUCCCCAAGAGCUCAAAGUACAGUAUUUGUUUCAGACGCUACAUUUUCACAGGUUUUCAGUGACUCAGAAUGCUCUAUUGCCUUUUCUUUGAGAAAGGACUGAAAUACACUCCUGCUCUGCCCCCUUCCUCCCUCCCAACUCCUGCCUGUGUUUGUGUGGCUCUCCAAUUCCCGAAAACCACACUGUUGAGGUAGACACACCGUCUGUAAACUCCUGGGUAACUGUCAAGUCAUGUUGCAGACUUCAGGUUGUCCUGUAUAAAAUGCAAAAUAAAUGUUUUUAUUAACAA